AUAAUCACCUUUCCUGACUCUGGCUGUGUAUAUAAGUCUGACACUCCCCUAAGAAACUGCUUGGAUAUUGUCUUGUAACCUCAGUUCAAGUCUAAGCUAAGCUGUGUGAAGGUGAAGUCAGCACUACCAAUCUGGAUCACCAGCUGAAUGUCUGAUCUCAAACACAGCCCUUUUCAGACACAGACAGCUGCAAGAUUCUCCAGAGUAGUUUCCAUUUGGGACACACCUACACCUCCUUACAGCUCAUUGCCGCACACUGAUUUCAAGACAGAAGCUAACACAGAAGGGCAGUUUGUGCUGAGCAAUAUUUCAUCCCCGUAAGGCAUACGGAUACCUGGAUACUCUGCUUCCUCUGACGGCUAACAAGAGCUGCAUGAUAGGAGGAGUGAAAAGUUGUUCCUGCCUUUGGUAACGCAAAGUCUUUGGAUUUCUUAGGGCUUUACAUCAUUUAUAGAAGAUCUAGUCAGAGCUUUGGCAAGACAAGCUCUUCAUCCGUAACCUUCCUUCAGGAUUUCAGAGUGCGACGUUCAUCCUCUCAAGUAAAAUGUGUACAGAGGUUUUGUAUGAGUCAUGACCGAGUGGCUAAAGACCUAACUGGGAGGGUCAGUGAUUUGCAGUUAUUGAGCUAACUCAGCAAACCAACAAUGACAUCUGAACUGGAGUUCAUUUCUCGACGGUCACCCAUAGUCUGCACUGGGGGCUGUGCAGCAUCAAGUCAGCCGCUUGCAACAAACAUUGGCUUAGACAUCCUAAAAAAAGGUGGAAAUGCUGCUGAUGCAGCUGUGGCCAUAGCAGCUGCCCUGAAUGUCACUGAACCAGGCAGUACUGGAUUAGGUGGCGACUGUUUUUGUAUCUAUUACAAGGCAGAAACCAAGCAGGUUUUUGGACUUAAUGGAAGUGGCAAGUCUCCAAAGGCACUGAAUAUUGAUUUGUUGAAACAGCAAGGUUUUGAAGAGUCAAAUCCUCCUCCUUCUAAGCAUGCUCAUAAUGUCACUGUGCCUGGUGCUGCAGCUGCCUGGGCUGACACAGUUUCUUUAUUUGGAAGUAAAAUGCUCAGCCUUGAAGACAUUUUGAAACCUGCCAUUGAACUGGCAGAAAAUGGUUUCCCAGUGUCUGAGAUUUCUGCAUAUCUAUGGCAAACAGAUGCGUUUCUCCUUCAAGAUCCUAAUAACAAGCAUGGAAGAGAUCUACUAAUCAGUGGGCAACCGCCUCAGCAUGGGCAGAUCUUCAGAAACCCUUUCCUGGCAAACUCUUUAAAAAUACUGGCUAAAUCAGGUAAAAAGGGAUUCUAUGAAGGUCGCAUUGCUAAGGCUAUUGUAGAAGUUGUGAAGUGCCACGGUGGAGUUAUUGAUCUGGAAGAUUUGGCUAGCCAUAGAACAGAAGAGGUACAGCCCAUAUGGGCAACAUAUAAGGGUUUGAAAGUCUGGGAAUUACCACCAAAUGGACAAGGAAUCAUUGUACUAAUAGCCUUGAAUAUUCUGGAAAACUUUAAAGUGAAAGAGAUGGGGCAAAACAGUGCUGAUUAUCUCCAUACCCUAAUUGAAGCAUUGAAAUUAAGCAUUUCGGAUUGCUCCUGGUAUUGUGCAGACCCUUAUAUUAAGCCUGUACCAACAGAGGAUCUUCUGAGGAAAGUUUAUGCUGGGAAACGAUCAAAGCUUAUAGAUAUGGGAAGAGUGUCUGAAGCAAAUACACACGGAAACCCAUUCGAAACAGGAAGUGACACUGUUUAUUUCACCGUGGUUGAUUCCCAAGGCAAUGCAUGUUCUUUCAUAAAUAGCAAUUAUAAAAAUUUUGGUACGGGCCUAGUGCCAGAGGGCUGUGGGUUUACUUUGCAGAACCGAGGAAACAGUUUCUCACUAGCUCCUGGUCAUCCAAACUGUCUGGGACCUGGCAAACGUCCCUUUCACACCAUCAUCCCUGCUAUGGUGACAUCAUCAGAUACACAGGACCUGUUGUGUUCCUUUGGAGUUAUGGGAGGUUCCAUGCAACCCCAAGGACAUGUCCAGGCCCUUUUGAAUAUGACAGAAUUUGGAAUGAAUCCUCAGCAAGCUCUAGACGCACCUCGGUUUCUUGUUGAAUAUUCUAAAAAAGAGCAUAAAUGGCAGCUUUUCCUUGAGGACGGUAUUUCAGGGAAUGUAGCUGCUGAAUUAAAACGUAGGGGCCAUGAUGUCCACUGGCCAAUAUGUGGCCAUGACAGAAGGAUGUUUGGACGUGGCCAGAUAAUCACCAAAGGAGACUGGUGGAAGUCAUGGCAAAUCCCCUUAGACAAUGGGAAGGUGUGGUGGGCUGGUUCAGAUCCUCGAGGCGAUGGCUGUGCAUUGGGAUACUGAACCAAGGAGAAGCUGAUAAGAACAAAUGUUUCUUAUUUUAUACUGUAAUUUUAAUCACAAAUUAGAUUGAAUCAGACCCCAUUCACUAAAAGGUCAAUAAACACUUUGAGAUUUUUGAAUAAAUUGUUUGGUUAUGUGCAAUAAAACAACCUUGCAAUA